AAGGAUGACAAUCAACGGCAUUGGUCGAAAUGUGCCUUGAAGUUUGGUCCACGCAUCUCAGGCGUCCUAAUACCGCAAUCUUGUGUCUCCACGCAUACUUUCCCUUUCAAGGCGAGCAUCGCGGGUGGACAUGAUUGAUAUGAAAUGCAUCUGACAUCCCAUGGUGUUUGAAAUUACGCCUGGUUGACUCUCAUCACGUCUUCUUUUACCAAAAUCCGGAUUUCGGAAAACAACUCAAUGGCAAUCUGGCUGUACAGACAGGCGCGAGGUGCCAUCCGGGAGCACCAAGCAAAGAAAGUUGUGCCCACUACCGAAGAUUCACAUCUUGUACCCGAGACUACACCAUCACACAAGACGCACGAAAGAUACGAUAGCGAGAAUGGCAUCGAACUUGGUUCUCCUAGAGCAAGCGACAGUCCAACGAAACAUUCGAAGGAGAACGUACAGGAGAAAGAGGAGACGCGUCAACGGAACAUACAGCAGUGGAAGCUGUUGAUCGGGUUGAUCCUACCAAACUUUCUCGCAGGUGUGGAUGUCACCAUUGUCGCGCCAGCUAUCCCACUCAUCUCAUCUGACUUCAAUCGACUGUCUGGUAGCUUCAACUGGAUCAUUGCCGCCUAUACAUUGACAUUCACAACCUUCGUACCCGUUUCAGGUCAGUUCGCGGAGGCUUUUGGUCGCCAUUCGACACUGCACUUUCAGAUGUUCUGGAUCAUGAUCGGAAGUGCAUUGUGCGCAGGCGCCCAGACUUGGGGUAUGCUCCUUGUAGGCAGAGCGCUCCAGGGUCUAGGUGCAGCAGGGAUCAUGAACCUCAGUCGCAUUAUCUUGUCUGACAAUGGUGCUACGCUGGCUCAGAUCUCGAGGAGUAACUCCGCGCUAUCGUUGCUCAGUGGUAUCAGUUACGGUGUUGGACCAGUUGUCGGCGGUUACCUCGCAGACGCAAGCUGGCGGUACUGCUUCGUGCUUCCCGUCGGUCUCGCUGCUCUUUCACACAUCCUCAUCGUUGUUCUCAUGCGCAAAGAGCUAGUCAAGGGCAACGCAGCCCGAGCAGCAGGCAACGUUGGUAGCUCUCGCCGGACGAACUACAUCGCAGGUCUUUUGAGCAUUGACUGGCCGGGUGUGUUCCUCUUCAUCCUCGGUGUCGGCCUGAUCAUCCUUGCGCUGCAAUGGGGUGGCACACAGUACGCAUGGAACUCAGCAGCGACCAUCGCACCGUUCGUCUUCGGUGGUAUCCUCGUCAUUUCCUUCUUCUUACACGAGUAUCUUCUGGGUCCUGGGCGAUUCAAUGCUCGCCUCCUACCGUCUCAAGUCCCCAUGAUCCCGUCGACGCUAUUCCGGAAGAAGGACACCUUCCUCCUCAUGAUCAUCAACUUCUCAGCCGGUAUCUCGCUGGUCAGUGCCUUCUACUUCAUCUCAUACUACUGGCAGCUCGCAGAGGGCUACUCAACUUCGAAAGCAGGUGUCCAGCUCCUUUACUAUACCCCAGGACUCGGUGUGGGCGUGUACGUUGCGAUGUACUUGUGCAACGUUCGGCCAGCGCAGACAUUCUUUCCCCUGUUUGUUGGUUCGAUAGUGGAAGGUGUUGGCCUUGCGGUACUAACCUACGCCGUGUCAAUUAGACACGGCACACUGGUCAGCGUCUUCCUUGCCAUCUCUGGCGCGGGUACUGGACUUCGCUUCAUGCCGGUCGUGUUGCACGCUGCGGGCAUCUGGUCGACACGUGUCCCAGCCAUGCAGUCACUGCUUUCGUUCAUGUUGCCUCUUGGCGAAACCAUCGGUAUCUCGAUGAUGGGAGCUGUAUUUACGAAUAAGCUCAGACACUAUUCUUCCGGUAUCUCCCCAGAAUAUAGUGGAAUUGGGAAUCUUGCGACACUCGACGGCUUGUCAGGACCUGUCAAGGACGCUGUGCAAAACGCCGCAGCUAGAUCAGUCAUGUGGGCGCUGGUCACUGUGUUGCCUUUCGUCGGCUUGGCUAUCAUUGCUUCGGCCUUCCUUGGCAAUGUCUGGAUCGGUCUGGUUGCGAAAGAGGAGAAGAAAGGACAGGCCCAACAGAAGGCGACAAAGGGAUACGUCAUGUAUGGCGUUUAUCUACUCGCCUUCUUCAAUGGUACCGUCGAUGCGAAUAAGCAGGAGCUGGAUGUCAACGCAGGGUACGAGGAGGUCAGGCAAAAGGUUGCGGACGUGGAAAACGACGGAGUGGCGGCACCUCAGAUUGCUCAUGUAAGGCAAGAGAGUCGCUAGGUCUAAGUCGUCGGAUUUCUCUGAGUGUCUAUAUCU